CUGAGCUCGUGUUUCUGUCAGUGCGGGUUCUGUCCUCCUCCGGUAACACAGCAGCAGCUGCGGCGGCGGCAGGAUGGGGAACGCUCCCGGUUCGACUCUGCAGGAGCUGAGCGCGUGUGAAUCUCAUCAGUGGUACCGGAAGUUCAUGACCGAGUGUCCGUCCGGGCAGCUCACCUUCUACGAGUUCAAGAAGUUCUUCGGUCUGAAGAAUCUGUCCGAGACCUCCAACGAGUACGUCACGACCAUGUUCAGGACCUUCGACAUGAACGACGACGGCUGCAUUGAUUUCAUGGAGUACGUGGCGGCUCUGAGCCUGGUCCUGAAGGGUGGCGUUCAGCAGAAGCUGCGCUGGUACUUCAAGCUCUACGACGUGGACGGCAGCGGCUGCAUCGACCGCGAGGAGCUGCUGCUCAUCUUCAAGGCCGUCCGAGCCAUCAGUGGAGCAGAGCAGGAGAUCUCCGCCGAGGAGUUCACAGACAUGGUGUUCGACAGGAUCGACCUCAAUGGAGACGGUGAACUCUCGCAGGAGGAGUUCAUGGAGGGCAUCCAGGCCGACGAGGUUCUGCUGAAGAUGCUGACUCAGAGUCUGGACCUGACUCACAUCGUGAAGAAGAUCUACAGCGAGAUCCACCCCGAGCAGCAGCUGCACUGACCCCAGACCUGCCGAGGAUGACGUCUUUCUGUAUUUCUCACCACUCAGCGAUCUCACAGAAUAACAUUAGUGACCGAAGCCCAGUUCAUUCAAGUGCACUUACACACACUGAAACCUUCACUCCUGUACAAGACACCACUCUUCAGUCCUGGCAUGUGUAUAUAUUUAUAUAUAUAUAUAUAUAGGGAAUCAUAUGUUAUUUAUCUAAUGAAACGCAGUAUUAUAUACUGUAGAUGUCAUUUAUAAUGUUACUGUCAUUUUACACUUGGUUUCUCUUUUAGAAAUAAAAUAAAACAUUGAACCUGUUCUUUGUUUGCAGAGUAAUAAACAACCUCAAACUAUGAGACAAUCAA